UAUUAAAUUCGGCUUUUAUUUCUAAUUAUUAUAAUAUUUUUUUUUUUUUUCAUUUACAUUUUUGCAGUCACAUCUGAGUAAAAGUGCCCAACGGAAACAAGCAUGUCACGGCUGACUCUGCAAAAGUCCUUUUUUGAUAAUCUCUGGCCGUUAAUACUGUCGGACAAUGUGUGCGAUACGCUGAGUAAAAAUCUGUGUCGCUUCUACGAACCUGAUCAACCGUUCGACAACGUCUGGCUGCACGCAUACCUUGCAGAUCGCAGUUUCAAAAACUAUCAACCUCCAAAAGUUAUUCGUUGCUGCUUCGACGAUAAAGAAGAAAAGUUAGUGUUAUCUGAGACGUCAGUGACCAAUGGCACGGAGUUACGAGCAUUUACACCAAAUAUCAAAACAGGAGAUGAGCUUUCUAAACAAUCAGUGGAAGAAGAAGAGGAGCUGUAUUCACCCAAGAUAGUAGAUAUUUCACCAAUUGAUCAACGAAUUGCUGCGCUGAAUGAAAAUUUCGAUAAUCGGCGCAGACUUGCCUUUGCCUUCAUUAAUAGGCAAUACCCCUGGUAUAUGCAACCGCCUGAAUAUGAUGCUCACUUCGAGCUUACAGACAACAUUCGAAAAUAUUUUAAUAGCAAACUCGAACAGGCUAUUAUACAGGACAUGCACAGAUUUAAUUGUAAGCUGAUGAUAAUCGAUUUGGCUGAACAGAUGUGCCUUCAUGAGAUGCAGCUAUGGUUAAAAUUCGGCAGUUACGCUUUCAUGAUUGUUGUUGCGCGUAGCGAGGACGCUGUAAAGCAAAUCAAAUUAAUGGGAACCAAUUUAAGCGCAGUGAUGUUAGUUGAAAAUAUGGAGUAUACUUGGCAGGAGCAAUUGACAGAGUCGCUGCGCGUAGGGUUGGCGCAUGCCGCAGCAAUGGGUAUUUUCGAAAACUGCAUGAAGUCGUUUGUGUUCGUUUUUUCGCGAAAUCGCCACAGUUGCAACUCAAACGCAUACCGAGUACUGAGGAAGACUUAGUUAGACGCACAAGAUUGCAGAAUAUGCAUGUGUAUGUGGUUAGAAUAAUACUGUAUGUUAAAGACAAAUGCCUUUUAGGAUUUACACCACAAAUAGCACCAGCCGAUUUCGUCUAACUAAAUGAAUAUACGUUCAUAUAUCGAAAUGUGUUUGCACAAAAGCAACUACUAAUUUCAUUAUAAUAAAUCGUACAAUA